AUGGCCGACUCCGAGUCCAGAAUCAGCGCAUCGUGGAAGACCAUCUCAGUCGUGCUUCCCAUCGUUUUCGCAAUGAUGUCGACGAUUCUAUAUGUUCUACGUGUUUGCGCCUCGCGCAUAACAAAUGGCUCCUGUAGGGUCGAUGACUACUUAACGGGAAUUGGCCUGCUGUUGUCUUAUGCUGCUACCGGUGCGACUCUUCAGACCUCCUUCAUCGAUGUCGGUCCUGCCUUUGGAGAUUCUUCUGAAGAAGAGAGUCGAUUGAAAUACGGUAACUGGCUCGUCCAAGACUUCUGGCCGAUGUCGAUAGGUUUCAUCAAGCUUGGUGUUAUUUUCUUUCUCAAACAUGUUUUCGCUAUCAAGACCGCUGUCUCUAGAUGUCUCAAUUCGCUUGGCAUCUUCAUAAUUCUUUGGAUGAUCAGUGCUUCGUUGAUCAGCAUCUUUCAGUGCUGGCCUAUAUCGUAUUUCUAUGACGAGCAUCAGGCUGGGCAUUGUAUUCCAAGUCAGGCGUUUUCAGCUGCGAUCGGUGCGCUAGCCUUACUAGGAGAUUCAGCUCUGCUUAUUAUCCCAUUACACCCCAUUUGGACACUGAAAAUCUCCCUGAGGCAGAAGCUCGCUGCGACUUGUCUCCUCAGCCUGGGAAUCUUUGCCUGCAGUUUCAGACUUUUUCGCGUGAUGAGAUCGGAGAAGGCAAGUUUGGAUUAUAUAAAUUAUCUCCUGAUAUAUCAGUCCCAAUACCAGCUCAGCAACUCAGUUCAAUCUCAGAUGUGGUUAUUACACGCCAAGAGCUUCCACGGCAGGUAUAUCCCCCAUCAAGAGCAUCAAGUUCGAUUUCAAGCAUAG